AUGGCUUGUGCAAACGGUUCUGUACCAUUGCUCCUGCCUUGGGCCAACAACUCAGUCUCCGCAGACGGCACCGUUCUCUCCAGGGGCAUCUCGUUCGCUAUCGGCACUCCUCCGCAGGCGUUUUCUUUGACGCCAUCGACUCUCUCAAACAACCUCUUCGUCAACAAUGCAGCAGAGUGCGUGGCAGCCACGAACAGCAGCUGCAUUGGCCAACUCGGCGGUAUCUAUGCCAGCGCAACGUCGACUUCGUUUGCGGAGGUGAACUAUGCAGUCUGGGAUGGCAGCAGAGAGUCUGUGGACCUAGCAUUUGCGAGCUCCUACGUCUUUUUCGAUGAUGCUGCGGCAUUCGGCCUCAAGCCUGAUGUGAACAAGUUCACUACCUUUCCCAUGUAUACCAAUGGGUCCACCGAUAUAGAGAGCGCAGAUGCAUUCACGGAGGACGAGGCAAGUUAUCGGGCGACUCUGCCGUUGGGCAUGAAUUCAACCUUCCUAAAUUUCCUUGUCGACUCAGGCCAAGCUUCAUCACGAACAUUCGGACUUUGGGCUGGAUCCGAGUCUGAAGAGACACCGCAAGAUGGGCUGCUUGUUGUCGGUGGCUACGACGAAAGCCGCAUCAAAAGCGCCGCCACUACGUCUACGUUUCCUAUGUUCUCGGAUUGUCCAACUUGCGCUAUCCUCACAGCUAUCACGUACGAUGUUGGUGGUAAGAGUACCACGCUGUUCGCUGAAGACACGGACACCCUCACUGUGCAUCUGGAUCCCUUCUCCUCGGACCUGAGACUUCCAUCUGCAAUGCUGGACGCACUUGCCGCUGCAGAGAAGACCGCUGUCUGGAAUGAAACUUCGCGGCACUUCGAGCUUCCCACGAAACCAGCUCCGGCAGGUACCAUUACCGUCACGAUAUCCGACAUGGGCACUCCGGGCGGUGACGCGUCGAAGCCCUCAGUGAAGACGUACAAAACGGUCAUUCCAGCAACUGAGCUCUAUAGCCGACCACGGGCGUACAAUGCUGCUGGGAUAUUCGAAGUGGACAACGCCACGGUGUUCGACAUGGCGGUGACGAACCAGACUGACCCGAUCGAUCAGACUAAUGUUGUUACUUUCGGAACCUUGGGCCUGCCCUUCUUCACCCAAAAUUACCUCGUCGUCGACCCAGAUGCGCGGAACUUCCAGCUAUCGCCUGCAGUCGUCACAGCUGCCGAUCCCAAGGGCGCGGACGCCAAGGUGAAGCAGGUGUGUCGCGUCUUGCCAACUACGAAGCAGAAGUCCCAAGUCGGUGCUAUAGCUGGGGCAGCCGUUGGCGCUGCACUCGGCGUACUCCUAAUUGUCGCUUUGGUCUUGUUUUUGCGCAAGCGUCGAAACAACGGCAACCGACCACGAGUACAUUCUCGCGGCGAAAGCGACGCCCCAACCGCGACAUCCCAGAUGCCGAUAGUCCGACGUAACCCUCCCGAAUCCUUGGAGAGCAGCUCACUUGAGUUGCCGCGCCAGGUGCCUUCGCCGGCUACUCUGGCACUCAGUGAUGGCACUACAUUCCCGUCACCGUUGUCUGGUCGUACAAGGAGCACUCGGAGCGGUCGAAGCGGCAAGCAGCAUGAGAACCCCAGGCGGGGUUUAGCCCACGACACCUUCCGCAAGGUCGACGAAGAGAACGAUGGAAGGCUCUUGGACGAGAAACCCAUGGGCCUGAGCGAGACGAUCCAUUCGCGAGUUACGUUACCACGGUUGGCUGCGGAGCAUACGGUCGAGUAA